AUUUGAAAUUUUACAAUGGCAACAGCUUACGUAACGUCAAUUUCUAGCUGUCAAUCGAACGAAUCAGCUGCUGAUAAAACAUUUUUUAUUAGCAGAUAAUUUAUCUUAUUUAUGAAUUUUUUAACAAUUAUAAUUAUAUAGCUUGCUACAGAGAUGCUUCGAAAAGCGGUGUUUGGGUCUGGCUUAGCCGCCCUGGUUCCAUCUGUGCACGCAGCGACUCCUUUGAAGGAAGAGGCGAGUGGCCCCGCUAAGCCACCACUAAUGAAAUUGUCAGAACUACCCAUAUACGAAACUCCGCAUGCUGAUUAUGUUGAAAAUCAACAGAAACAGGCGAAGUCGGACAAGCCAGGAUUUAUAAGGGAAGCCUUGCAGACACCUGUCCGAGCUGUUCGGGAGUCCAUCCAGACAGUGCUGGCCCAGACUGAGUCUGUUAAGAACACAGUGGAAGAAAACUACCAUGAUGUACAGGAUAAAACUGACUGGAUUGUAAAAUAUUUGCGUGAGGAGGAAAACAAAGAUGUCAGGUAUGGUGCUGUGGCAAUGGGAGGCCUGACCGGAUUCAUCUUGGGUCUCAGAGGUGGAAUCAUCAGGAGGGUAUUCUAUGCUGGUGUGGGCACAACAGCAAUGGGUAUGAUCUGCUUCCCCGAGGAUACAAAGGAACUCAUGAAGAGCAAUGGUGUUUUAGCCAAGCAGUAUAUAAAUAUUGCAUACAAUUUCCUGUAUGGAGUGAAGCCCGGCGAUCCUCAACUGGAGGUGAAAUUCCCUGAGCUGUCGAUCCCCAAAGACUUCUCCGAGCUAGUCGACUUGACUCUCUCAGUCGCGUCCUCCGUCAAACAGGCCGUGAUGCCGCCGCCGGCGAAGGAGGCAAGCGACUCUAAACCAUCAGAUAAAAAGGAAUAGGUCCCAUUUUGAAACAGUUACUAAAAGACGACGACGUAGAUGAUAUGUCCAUUGAAAAUCAAGUACCAAUAAGUAGAAUUAAUAAUCGUGUUGGCGGCUAAAGGGAUACAAGAGGGGACAUUGUGAUUGCAAUAUACCUUGGGUGCGUCAAAUGUGAAAUAAGUAGACUGUCGACCCACGUUUUACGAAUUUUUUUUGUUAAUUAUUUUCAGUUGCGAAGUGCAAAUACGUAGAGGAAUCAUCCCAUUAGUGAAUGCUAUUUAUUUAUUGUUACUAGUCUUCUACAGUGUAAAUUAUCUACGAUAAUUAAAUAAAAUGUAUAUUUUUCUA